AUGGCCUCGGACAAGGGAAACAAAAUCUACUUCUACGAUCCCUCCCUCGGCGCAUCCAUCCUCUUCACAAUCAUCUACAUCAUCCCACUCAUCUAUCAGUCGUACAUGACAUUCAUCCUCCCGCGGAAAGCGCAAUCUCCACGGACCAACUACUUCAUCCCCGCCGUCAUCGGCGCCGCGCUCGAAGUAGCAGGGUACGCGCUCCGAUGCGCCAGCAUCCGGAAACCAGAGGAUAUCGGCCUGUACGCCGUCUCCAAUACCAUCAUCGUCAUCGCACCGGUCUUCGUCUGCGCGAGUCUCUACAUGCUCCUUGGGAAGCUGGAGACCAGCUCCGCGGACGGGAGCAGCAAGAAACCCGCGAGCUUCCUGGGUGGGUUUCCGGUGAGAUGGCUACCGCGGAUCUUUGUGACGUUGGACAUUGUCAGUGUACUCACGCAGGGAUCGGGGAGUGGGAUUGCGUCCUCGGGGAACUGGGAAGGGUCGACGAAGGAUGCGGGGAUUGGGGUGUUGAUUGGGGGGUUGGUGUUGCAGGUUGUUACGUUUGCCGUGUACCUGGUUAUUGUGGGCUGGUUUCAUUGGAGGGCGGUGGUGGAGGGUGAGCAGCUGCUGCAUGGUGUUAGGAUGGUGAUGGUGGGGAUUUAUAUUGCUGGGUUCUUCAUCAUGGUCCGCUCUAUCUAUCGAAUCUUUGAGUUUGCGUUUGGCAUCGAUUCGUACACGUUUACGCAUGAAUGGCCGUUGUAUGUGCUCGAGGCUGUUCCCAUGCUCGUCGCCUUGAUGGUCUUGGGCUGGUUCCACCCGGCACGAUGGUUGACAAUGCCUCGGCUGGAGGAGGGGCAAACAUAUUCCCUGCGCAAGUCUGGCAGACGACGAGACACCGAAGAGCAAUCUCUAGCUUGA